AUGUAUGACGAUGAAUACAGUGACUGCACAAGUAUCAGAGGCCGGUUUCAACAAUACUUUGUAUUUGGAAAGUUUGAAAACUGCGACGAGUGGAAGCAUGACUACAACAACUGUUUGAAAUGGAAGCGUGAGAAGGAUGUAGACGCAGCUGAGAAAGUCAUUGCCAGUGAAGAGGCACGGCGCCAAGUUCGUUUAGACCCUCACUACAAAAAUCCUGUCUGGGAGAACCGCUCGCAACCACCUGCAGAUUGGAACAAACCAUUACCUGCGUUCCUUGAGGAACAACAGAAAGAUACCUUCCUAUAUGUUAAAGCCAUUGAUAUGAGAGAAGGCAAAGAAUUAAAACCUCAAUUUAAAAUAUGUUCCAUAAUGUAA